CGGGCCUCGCAGUCUUACCUGGCCCACCCGCUGUACCGAGACCAAGCGCCUGCAUUUUUUUUUUUUUUUUUGUCUCACUGCACGACUGACAACUCUUGUGUGUUCUCUGUCUCUUGGUUGGAGAUGUGACUGGCCGUGAGUGCAGUGAGGCGGACUUCUUUGGAGGAUGUGUGGUAUUUUCCGUUUCGUGAGAGGGGACAAAACGAUGUGAAAAUACGUGUUAUGUGAUACUGUGUUCGUGGCUCCGAGGGACUGCGAGGCACUUCACUAGAAUGCUUGUUAGUGCGAACAAGUGAAGUAAUACCACAUCCUUCUAAUGAAAAAGAUAAAUAGAAUAAUUUCUUUCAUCAAUACAUUCGUAAUGAAAUACACAUAAAAGGAAAAGCCUCUCCACGAAUAAUCAUAGCCAUCGAAUCGGACACGUGAUGCGAAAGCCUGACGUUCCACGGCGUAAGAUCGGUACCAGGAAGAGCGAGCAAGGCGCAAGGGCUUCUGAAGAGCAAGACCUUUCCAAGAACGGCUGACACGAUGUCAAGGAGGCUAAGGAGAAGGUUCCAGAUCGACUUCAGGAGCAGCAAGGGCAAAAGGCCGAGGAUAAGGAAGGACAUGAUAGGCGAACCCACGAACUUCCAGCACAUUAGUCAUGGCGGAGACCUAGAUGGCAGCGGAGGAAGCGGGUCAGAUGGACAGCUCAAGAACCAGCUCAUUCUGGUGGAUUUGGCCCAGAAACGGAGAUCCAUAGAGGAAGCCAAGAUGCUGAAUUGCAUGAGCGACGAAGCUUCACUACCCGCGUCGCAAGCAGUCGCUGAAGACGCCAGUCGCGCCCGCCAGCUCGGGGCUCGAGAGACUCCACAAAGAGACGACGGCGCCGGCCAACAGCAGCAGCAGCAGGACGACGCUCCCGACGGCUUCUCGCCUCACAAGGAACCCACAGAGAGCCACUCCCUCCCCCUCCCCUCCGCAGGUGUCGAGAAAUCUCAGAAGCCGAGAAGGAGCCUCAGACUGAAGAAGAAAAAAAAGAUCAGGGAUGACAUGAUCGGCCUUCCAUACAACUUCCAACAUGUCAGUCAUGCAGGGUUCGACAGGGAUAACAAUUUCUCUCAGUUUAACAUAGAGAAGCAAGUUGAGGAUCAAAUAAGGGAGCUGUUUAAAGAGAUCGGCUUGACCAAAACCCAGAUGUCCCGACCUCGGACGCGGGAGUUCGUGUACAACCUGCUGGAGCGCCACGGGGUCCUUCAGGAGGCCAUGAGAGAGUCGCAGCUCCUCUCCUCGCAGAAACGACUCUCAGGUCAAAGUGCCGAGGUCGUGUCUGUUGGAGGUCAGCCUGGAAAGAGCUUGGAGAAUGAGGAGAGCGAAAAGGGUGUAAGUCUGGUCAGCGAAGGUCAUGAAUAUACUGGCUCGGGUCAUGAGGACGAGGCCAUGCUAGUGGCGUCUCUGAACCUGUCGGAUAUGGAAGCCCAGUCGUCUCCCCAGCGGGCCGCGCCUCAAGACCAAAGUCAAGAACCUGUUAAAAAAUACCGUCACAGGGCCGCUAAACGCCAGGCUCCCAGGCCACCUUCACAGGGCGGAGACGCCGUGCCUGUCGCGCCGCCUGAAAAGGUCAGCCAGACCGCCGCCCCCGACAUGAGGGUCUCGAGGGUGAGCCCCGACGCCGCGUCUGGCGGAGAGGCCCCCUACAACCCAGCCGCUGAUAAGAAGGUCAUACACUGUAUCGUCUCCGAAGGGCCGGUCGUACACACCGUCACCUCUUAUGUUAUCAGCUCAGCGUGUUCCGCAGGCGAGACUCAAGGGAGCUCUUCAACCUCUCCACAAGAUAACGACUCCUCUGUUAUCAGUAUCGAACGCGCACCCACUCCCCCGCCGCCGCGAAAGCCCCUCUCGCCCUGACUGCCGCCGCUGCAGGCUCCAUGCGGGGGAAUCGGGUCCUUUACUAUGGCUGUCACGCAAAGCACACGCGAGGGGCAGCGGUGGCACACACACACUGCUGCACACAUGUAUCUCCUUAAGUGAGUGUGUACUGUUUAAGCAAACCAAGAUAGAAAUAUAGAGUUGACGCAAAUAUUGUGAUUAUUGUAUAAAGUUUUGCCGGAGAGGAUUAUCGGUUUAUUUUAAUUCUGUCCAGGGGAAUGAAUUCCGAGAAAAUAAUAAAAGAUAAUAACCA